AUGGCCAUGGCCAUGGCCAUGGCCAUGAGCAUGGAGGAUGUUGCGGCGAUUCCCAUCACGAUGCUUCUAGCAUCUCAGAAAUGUAUCGAGACCGUCGCGGCGCUUGAAUGUGGACGAGCUUGUCAGGAUGAUCCCGGCCACGAGAAGUCCUUGGACCACCCCCACGAGCACGAGAACGGCGACCACAGAGCCACGUCGGCUUGCAGCACUCACCUGCAGGCUGCUUUCGACCAGUACAGCAGCUACCUCGAGCAACUCCGCUGCAUCUGCCGCAGCGUCAUCGACCAAGGCGCCGCCUCGCUCGAGACCUGUUGCAUGGGCAACAACAGGCCCAGCGCCGCGAAGAAGACAAGACACAAACUCGCGGGAGACGAGCACGAGAAGCACAGAGGAAACACGGCCGUUGCCGUGACGACGACGACGACCUCCUCCAAGGCGUCCGGGAACGGCGCCGAGGAACGCCCCAAAGGCGCCGACCCCGAGAAGACGGGCGGCGUCGAGACCGUCGGCUUCCUGGUCAGCGGCAUGGACUGCACCUCCUGCGCCGACAAGCUGAUGCGAGUGCUCGGCGCCGCGACGGGCGUCUCCCAGCCGCAGGUGAACUUUGUCAGCGGCAAGGGCGAGUUCGACGUCGACACCUCCGUCGCCGACGCCGACGGGGUCAUCCGCUUCGCCGCGGCGGCCAGCGGCUUCGCGCUCAGCAGGAUAGCCGGCGGCGACCACUUCCUGCUCCUCCUGGCCUCGCCGGCCGAGGGGGAACGGCUCGCCGCGGACCCGCCGCGGGGCGUCACGGACGUCGAGUCUCUCGACAAGAAGACGGUCCGCCUCGCGUACGACCCGGCCGCCAUCGGGGCCCGCGACCUCUUCGCCCUCGUCGAGGACCGCUGCGGGGGUCUGGCCCGGCCCCGCGGCGAUCCCCAGCUGGAGAACGGCCGCCGCCGUCUCCGGGACCAGCUCGCCAAGACCGCCCUGGCCGCCGCGCUCACCAUCCCCGUCGCAGUGCUGGCGUGGGACGAGGGCCUGGUCGACGACAGGACGGGCGGGAUCGUGUCCCUGGUCCUCGGCACUCUGGUCCAGGCCGUCGCGGUCCCCGAGUUCUACCGCCCGGCUCUGUCCGCUCUGUGGUACAGCGGCGUCGUCGAGAUGGACAUGCUCGUCGUCAUGAGCAUCACCGCCGCCUACGUCUACUCGGUCGUCGCGUUCGGCUUCGACAUGGCCGGCGGGCCGCUGGACGAGGGCCACUUCUUCGAGACCAGCACCAUGCUCGUCACCCUGAUCCUCGCCGGCCGGCUCGUCGCCGCGUUCGCCCGCGUCCGCGCCGUCGCCGCCGUAUCGUUGCGCUCCAAGCAGAACAACACGGCCGUGCUCGUCGGCGGGAACGGCGACCGCGAGAUCGACGCCCGCCUGCUCCAGUACGACGACCGGUUCAGGGUCCUGCCGCACUCGCGCGUCCCCACCGACGGCGUGGUCGUUUCCGGCAGGACCGAGGUGGACGAGUCCAUGCUCACGGGGGAGUCCCUCCCCAUCGUCAAGGAGGAGGGCGACAGUUUGAUCGCCGGCACCGUCAACGGCGACGGCACCGUCGUCGCCCGGCUCACCCGCCUGCCCGGGAAGAACACCGUCACAGACAUAGCCCGGCUGGUCGAGGAGGCCGCCGGCUCCAAGCCCGAGCUGCAGGGCCUGGCGGACAAGGUCGCCGGCUGGUUCGUCCCCGCGAUGGCGGCCGUCGCCGUCCUCGCCUUCGUCGUCUGGGUCGCCGUCGGGAUCCGGGUCCUCGGCUACAGCGCCGGGAAGAGCGUCGGCAACGCCGUCACGUACGCCGUGGCGGCCCUCGCCGUCGCGUGCCCUUGCGCCCUCGGCCUCGCCGUCCCCAUGGUCCUGGUCGUCGCCGGCGGCAUCGCGGCCAGGGAGGGCGUCGUCAUCAAGUCCGCCGACACCACCGAGGGCGCCCGGAAGACCACCGACGUCGUCUUCGACAAGACCGGCACCAUCACCGAGGCGGAGCUGACCGUCGUCGAGCAGGUCAACCUCCAAGGAGACGCGGACGAGAACCUGACCCUGGCCAAAGCCCUUGUCGCCGGCGGCAAGCACCCGGUAUCCGCUGCGGUCGGGGCGCACCUCGACCGCCGUGGCGUCACGCCCGCGUCCGGAAUCGCCGAUGUUCGGGUCGUCCCCGGCGCAGGCGUCGAGGCAGACCGCAAAGGGUCGAGUCUCCGGGCCGGAAACGCGCGAUGGACCGACGCCGACUCGGACGCAGAGGUGGCGCGUCUCCAACAGGCCGGCCUGACCGCCCUCGUCGUGGCCCGAGACUCGGCCCCUCUCGUCGUCUUCGGCCUCGCCGUCCGGAUCCGGCCGGAAGCUCCGCGGGUGAUCGCCGAGCUCCAAGCCCGCGGCAUCGCAGUCCACCUCGUGUCGGGAGACCAGACCGUGGCCGUCGAGGCGGUCGCCGCCGCCGUCGGCAUCCCCGCGGAGCGCGUCGCCGGCGAGCGGACCCCGCCGGAGAAGCGCGACUACGUCUCCGCCCUCAUGGGCGACGGGGCCAGGCACGUCCUGUUCUGCGGGGACGGCACCAACGACGCAGUCGCCGUCGCCCAGGCCAACGUCGGGGUUCAGAUUGGCGGCGGCAGCGGCGGCAGCAGCGACGUGACCCAGGGCGCGGCGGACGUGGUCCUGAUGAGCGGCCUCGAGGGGAUCCCCUUCCUGCUCGACAUCAGCGGCGUCGCGUUUCGCCGGAUGGCGUUCAACUUUGUCUGGUCCGGCGUCUAUAAUGUUCUUGCCGUCACCAUGGCGAGCGGCGCCUGGGUCAGGUUCCGCAUCCCGCCCGCGUAUGCCGGGCUGGGCGAGGUGGUGAGCGUGCUGCCUGUCAUCCUCGCUGCCAUGUCCAUGUUGCUCGUGAGGCUUCGUAAAUAG